AUGGCGGCGACGAGGCGAGUUGGCAUAAAAUCCAAAGGUGUCGCCUUCCUGUUCAAUGACAUCCCGAGUCAGAUCCAUCGGUGUAUACCCGCCACCCCACCAAUUCAGGGAUCGUCACUUUGUGCGGCGCUUCGAACUCCACUGCAUAAACAGGUAUUGCCGUUCAUCCGCCACAAGGUGCACGCAGAACUGGUCGUCGCGCGGUUCCACCCUUCUUCUGUCUCUGCGCGGCUCCUCGUCCCCUUCCUCAACCUCAUCCAAGCCUCGUGUUCGCCGGUCGUUACGGUGUCCGCGCGUCCUCAAGAAUCAUUUGCUCCAGGCUGUGCUCCAGCGAAGUUUCCGACGGAUGCCAAACUCACGUUGAAGGCGUCCAUCGUCUCGCAAAGCCUCAAUGACCUUUUCGACAAAGUUGUCUACCGUGUCUCGGCCAAUAUUCCGAGGAGACCCUCUAAAUAA